AUGCCGCCCUCUCCCUCCACUACCACCCACUCCGCAGGGGACACGCAUCCAGCCGCCACUGGUGCUGGUGCUGGUGCUGCUGCUGCUCCACCACAAAGUCUCCCUGCUACUGCUGCUACCAGCUAUCGUGACUCGCCGCCGCCGCCGCCGCUUCUGCUGGCCCUGCUGCUGGCCUUCCGCCUCGCAAACGCUCUGACCCUGCGCACCUUUUUCCAGCCCGACGAGUUCUUCCAGUCGCUCGAGCCCGCAUGGCAGCUGGCCUUUGGUCCCGCCGCCAACGCCUGCAUCACUUGGGAGUGGACAAGCCAAUUGCGCUCUUCCCUGCACCCAGCGCUAUUUGCAGCCGUCUAUCGUCUCGCGGCACAUGUCGCUGCCAUCGGUGCGUUGCGCUUACCUGAUCAAGCCCAACUGCUGCUAGUAGCGCCGAAAGUCACCCAGGCCGUCUCCGCAGCCUUGCUCGAUUACUACACGUGGAGACUGGCCGAAAAAGUCUACCGUCGCAACUCCCGUACCGCUCUUGCUACUCUGGCCCUGUCCGUCUGCAGCCCCUGGCAAUGGUUCUGCGCAACCCGCACCCUGUCCAAUUGCCUUGAAACCACCAUUACCUCGAUUGCCCUCUACCACUGGCCUUGGCAGGGUACACUAAACAAUAACCCAUCCGCGGCUACUAGUGCCAACGCGCACCACUCGCACCACCAUCCUGGCUCGCUCUCAGGGUUGCGCCUGUCCCUACUGCUGGCCGCGCUUGCGUGUAUUCUCCGGCCCACCAAUGCUCUCAUCUGGAUAUCCAUUGCCGUCCCAAGCCUAUGGCAAGCUUCCCACAGGCUGCGCUAUGUGCUGGUCCGCGAAACCUUGCUUUGUGGCUCCGUUGUCGUCGUCGGCUCCCUCGUGUCCGACCGACUCUACUACGGGGUCUGGACCUUCCCGCCCCUGACGUUUCUCUACUUCAACAUUGCUCAGUCGCUCGCCGUUUUUUACGGGAAGAACCGCGCCGACUACUAUUUAACCGAAGCCCUACCGCUACUGCUAACCACUGCAUUGCCCUUUGCCAUAGUCGGCAUAUGGCAGUCGCUGCGCGCUCCCCAUGGCGGUGAUGCCACGGCCCGUCGAAUCCUGGCCCGUCUGUCGUGGACAUCACUGUUCAUGACGGCCGUCCUGAGCCUGAUAUCCCACAAGGAAGUCCGCUUCCUCUAUCCCAUCCUGCCCUUUCUGCACGUCGUGGCCGCCCAACCACUGGCGGCGUUUGUGCCGAGCCAUGCUGCCGUUUCACGCCGAGCCAUUGUGCUCUGUCUGCUGGUAGCAAACAUUAUUCUAGCCGGUUACGCGUCCCAGGUCCAUCAACGCGGCGUCAUCGAUGUGCUCGCCUAUCUACGCCAUAAACAUGAAACACGCAAUGCCCUAUCAACUAUAUCCCAUAGCGCCGCCACGCGCACCAACACCACGGUAGGCUUUCUCAUGCCUUGCCACUCUACACCCUGGCGCUCGCAUCUCAUCUACCCUGAAAUUACCGCAUGGGCCCUGACCUGCGAGCCGCCUAUUGGUGUACCGCUUGCGGAGCGCUCAACAUAUCUUGACGAGGCCGAUGAGUUCUACAUGCAGCCAGGGCCAGUGGCUUGGCUCAAGGCCAACAUGGAAGAUGUUGAGACCAUCCAGGACGGGGGUAGUCGGUCUGGCCAGCACUGGAUGCGCCAGGAUCCAAGGUUCAAACGCAGCUAUAGGCGCGAGUGGCCGCAGAACCUGGUCUUUUUUGAGCAUCUAGAGGCCUUGUUGGGCGAGCAUCUGGCAGGCACUCGGUACACCGAGUGCUGGAGGGGCUUCAACUCUCACUUCCAUGAUGAUGCGAGGAGGACGGGAGACGUUAUUGUGUGGUGUUUGGACGGCCCGUCAAGGACGUAG